AUGGUCCUCAAACUCUACGGCUCUGCCAUGUCCACCUCCCGUGUCUUGGUCACGAUUCUCGAGGAGGAAUUGCCGUACGAGCUUAUUCUCAUUGACAUCGCCAAGGGAGACCAGAAGACCGAGGUCUACAAAAAACUGCAGCCCUUCGGAAAGGUACCUGUAUUGGAUGAUGACGGGUUCAUCAUGUUCGAAAGCAGGGCUAUUUGCAAGUAUCUUGCCAGAAAAUAUCACUCCGGUGCGGAGCUGAUUCCCGAGGGCGAUGACGAGGCGUACGGCCGCUUCGAACAAGCCUGUUCAAUCGAACAGAGUUACUUUGCGGCGGCGGCCGAGACCAUCGGAACUGAGCUGAUGAUCAAACCGAUGAAAGGCCUUGGGACCCCCGACGAAGCAAGGGUUGCACAGGCCGAACAGGACCUGGAUACCGUCCUCGCCGUUUAUGACAAGACUCUGGCCAGCCAGAGAUAUCUUGUUGGGAACGAGUUAACCUUGGCUGAUCUCUUUCACUUGCCCAACGGUGCUGCCUUGAUAGCAGGGCGGUGGAAAGAAGUCUUCAAGAAGUAUCCAAACGCCGAGAAGUGGUUCAGGGGGCUGCAGGAGAGAGAGUCUUGGGUGAAGGCUGCUGGAGAGGCAGGGACUAUCCUAUAA